CGGAAGACCAACAUGGCGAGCACGGUGCUGGUGGAAGACGAGGGAGGCUUCGGGGACGGGGAAAGGUUGGAUUUCCUCAAGGAACGCCACGUGCGCUUCUUCCAACGCAGCCUUCAGAUUUUGCCCGAACGCUAUUCGUCACUGGAGACCAGCAGGUUGACAGUUGCUUUUUUUGCACUUUCUGGUUUGGAUAUGUUGGAUUCCUUAGAUGUUGUGAACAAAGAGGAUAUAAUAGAAUGGAUUUAUUCUCUGCAAGUCCUUCCCACAGAAGACAUUUCUAGUUUUUGUGCAGUCCUUGAAGGAAGUGAAAAUGACAUGAGAUUUAUAUACUGUGCUGCUUGCAUAUGCUACAUGCUCAAUAGUUGGUCAGGGAUGAAUACAAAGAAAGCCAUUGACUAUAUUAGAAGAAGUAUGUCCUACGAUAAUGGUCUUGCCCAAGGAGCAGAACUUGAAUCACAUGGUGGCUCUACAUUUUGUGGUAUUGCAUCAUUGUGCCUCAUGGGUAAACUUGAGGAAGUCUUCUCUGAAAAGGAACUGAAGAGAAUAAGGAGAUGGUGUAUUAUGAGGCAACAGAAUGGUUAUCAAGGAAGACCCAACAAGCCUGUAGAUACCUGUUAUUCAUUUUGGGUAGGAGCAACUCUUAAGCUUCUAAAAAUAUUUCAGUACACAAACUAUGAAAAAAAUAGAAAUUACAUUUUAUCAACCCAAGAUCGCCUUGUUGGUGGAUUUGCUAAGUGGCCAGAUAGUCAUCCAGAUGCUCUUCAUGCCUACUUUGGGAUUUGUGGCCUGUCAUUAAUGGGUGAGUCUGGCAUUCGGAAGGUUCAUCCUGCCCUGAAUGUAAGCACAANGAUGCAAGUGUCUAGAAUUGUUCCUGUCCACUGCUUGCCGUAA